UUAUAAUAAUACAGACUCAGAUGAAAUGAAUACUCCAGUAUUAAAUGGAAAUGAGGGAACACAGAACAGACAAGAAUCAUCCGAUCAACAGCCAUCUUCUAUAGUAAAAGUAAUGAUAUUAGAUACAGAAGCAGCUGUUAUAGCGAAUUUUGAAUUUUUGGGACAUACAGACAUGGACAUGGAAGAGGAAGAAAGAGAUGGAGACGAUGAAAUUUAUGAUGCAAAUACAGAUACCAAACCAAAUAAAGCAUCUAUCCCCCUUCUAGCGGAAGAUGUUGAUACAGAUGCAGAGGCAGAAGUACCCAAAAUUGAAGAAUUGCCACCUGGUUCUAUCCAUCUGGAAAUGAAUUCUUCAAAGGGGUUUAUUACAUAGAGGAUUACAACAAGAUCCAAGACGCCCAAAUAAUAAAGAA